AUGGACCAGAAAACCUUAGUAGAGAGAAGAGAGGUACUUGAUAACCUUUUAAAGAGAAGAUUUUUUAUAGCUCCAUCUUUUGAGAUUUAUGGAGGAGUAGCUGGAUUAUUUGAUUAUGGUCCUCCAGGAUGUGCAUUAAAGUCUGAGAUUGAAAGUUUUUGGAGAAGACAUUUUGUGUUGGCAGAAGAUAUGUUAGAGAUAAGUGCAACUUGUUUGACUCCAUAUAACCCUUUAAAGGCUUCAGGACAUGUUGAUAGAUUUACUGAUUUAAUGAUAACAGACACUAAGACAAAUGAUUGUUACAGAGCAGAUAAGGUUUUAGAAGAGUACGUUGAAAACAGGUUAAAAGAAAAAUCUUCAAAUCCUCCCAAAUCAGAGCAUGAGAAGAAUGACUUAGAGUCUUUAGGAAUUAAAGCUGGUUCAUUGGGUGUUGAUGAGAUAAAGGAGGUUUUUAAUAGGUACCAAAUUAAACCACCAAGUGGUGGAGAAUGGUCAGAACCAUAUCCUUUCAAUUUAAUGUUUAGAACAAAGAUUGGUCCUAAAGAAGUUGAGGGAAGGAAUGAUAAUGUUGGUUUUAUGAGGCCUGAAACAGCACAAGGAAUUUUUGUGAAUUUUAAGAGAUUAUUUGAUUAUAAUGGUAAAAAGCUUCCAUUUUCAGUAGCUCAAAUUGGUUUAGGAUUUAGAAAUGAGAUUGCUCCUAGAAAUGGACUUUUAAGAGUCAGAGAAUUUCAGAUGGCAGAAAUUGAGCACUUUGUACAUCCUGAUAGAAAGAAUCAUCAUAAAUUUAAUGAUGUUGCCUCAAAAUGUCUUCCAUUAUAUUCAAGAAGGACUCAACUUAAGAAUGGCGAAAUUGAGAGAAAUAUCACAUUAAGAGAAGCAGUUCAUGGAGAAGAGAAGAUAAUUGAUAAUGAAACUUUGGCUUAUUUCUUAUCAAGAACUUACGAUUUUCUUAUUUCUAUUGGUAUUAAUCCACUGGGAAUCAGAUUUAGACAACAUUUAAGUACUGAAAUGGCUCAUUAUGCAAGUGAUUGUUGGGAUGCAGAAGUUUUGACAUCAUAUGGCUGGAUUGAAUGUGCAGGACAUGCCGAUAGAUCAUGUUAUGAUUUAUUACAACAUUCAAAGUCAGCUAAAACUGAUUUGCUUGCAUCUGAGAAGUAUGAUGAACCUCAAUUUAAGAAUGUUCUAGUUUUGACUUUAAAUAAGCCAUUAAUUGGAAAAACAUUCAAACAGGAAGCAUCAUUGGUAACUGAGGCUUUACAGGAAUUUGCAAAUAAAGGGGAUAUUAGCUUCCAAGAAAAACUGAACCAAUAUAAUAAGGCCAUUUUAAAUUAUAAAUCUUGUGAGAAUAAAAAAGAGUAUCAGUGGGAAAUAUCAUCGGAAAUGGCUAAAUUUGAAUUUCAGACAAAGAAAGUAACAGAGGAGCAAUUUACUCCUGCUGUAAUUGAACCUUCAUUUGGAAUUGGUAGAAUACUAUAUUGCCUAUUAGAACAUAGCUUUAAAAUUAGAGAGGAUUUAUCUGAGGUUCAAGAUAAGGAUAUUGGUAAUAAAAUUAAUAACUCAGCUGAUAAUGAAAUGCAAAGAAGUUAUUUGUCCUUACCAGCUUUAAUUGCUCCAAUAAAAUGUUCAAUAUUACCUAUUAGUUCCAAUAUAAUCUUUGACAACUUGAUAAGUCUUUUACAUAAAAAUUUGAUUAAUCAUGGUAUUUCAUGUAAAGUAGAUACAUCAUCAGCUUCAAUUGGAAGGAGGUAUGCAAGAACUGAUGAAAUUGGAAUUCCUUUUGGUAUUACUAUAGACUUCCAAAGUUUGAAGGAUGAUACGGUAACUUUAAGAGAAAGAGACUCAAUGAAACAAGUUAGAAUACCAUCAGCAGAGGUAGCAUCUUUGAUUUCAAAGAUGAUUACUCAACAAAUUAAUUGGAACAAUGUUUUGGAUAAUUAUCCACUAUUCACCCAACAAUCAAGUGAGUAG